AUGCUUACAUUUUGUGGAAAGGUCCUGCCAUCAGAUGAGUCACAACGGAUAUCGCCGAAAAAAGAUGAAAUACUCCAAGACACAGCCACAACAAUCAAUGCUGUCCCACGCGAGCCGACAAACGAAAGCUUCAUCCCUAUCGGCCAUAUCUCACUGGAUUCCAAGAACCCCGAUGCAGAGCACAUUAAUAUUGACCUGCCAGCCGAGAACAUCUUCUGGAUAAAGACCUUCUACGUUAGACAGUCCAUCCAGGGCCAGGGAAUCGGGCGAGCUGCAAUGGAUGAGGUCGAGGCCAUGGCAAUCCGAGAGCCACUACUAGCCAAGACAUUGAUGUUAGACACGGUUCAGAAGGACGACCAGAAGAGAGAAGAAUUUGCGAAUGUAACAUAUGGCGGUGUUCCAAAGACUACGAACGAGGAAUGGUAUUCUCGUCGAGGUUACCAAUUGGUCAAAACUGUGCAGAACUAUUAUCGGGCCCCCGACAAGAACGGGAAGAUUUGGGAUACGAAGACAGUUUUUAUGAGAAAGGAUAUUGCGGGUGAUUGUUGA